AUGAGUUUCGGCUGGCGUACGGCACUUAGAUCGAGUGAGAUGUGGAGUCGCGCAGGAGAGAACUGCCAGUGUCCCAAAUGUAUUCAUCCGGAUACUAGGCAAAGAACAAGCGACACUUUUGCGGUAGGACAUAUGAUAAUCCAAGGUGUUCGUACUCUAUCUCUAACGGUGCUCCUACAGAUUCCACAGGAAGUUCAGGCAGAGUCAAUCGUGCAUAAGGACAAUGUCGUCGAGAUUCAAACUGACACUGUCUCAGGGUCUGAUACUCAUUUGGGAAUAUACCCAUAUGAUUGGCUUCACCCACACGCACAGAACAAGUUUGGGGCCAAUCUUGAAGCGAUUAAAUCGUCGCCUUCAAUUGGAUUCAAUCCAAAUUAUGUAAAAGGGCCACGGCCUUUUCAGCCAGUUGUGGAUCCGAGUCGAAGUCCCAGAGUCAAAUAUGAGGACGUAAUGGCAGACGACAAAGCACUUGCUACUUGGUUGAGCCUUAUUUGGGAUCGGGGAUUUUGCUUUGUAGACGGUGUUCCUGUGAACCCAGAGGCCACACAGAAGCUCAUCGAGCGGAUCGCGUUCAUCAGACAUACCCACUACGGUGGCUUUUGGGAUUUUACAGCCGAUUUGACCUUCAAAGAUACGGCAUAUACCAAUGAGUUCCUCGGUGCUCACACAGACAACACUUAUUUCACAGAUCCUGCCAGACUCCAGCUCUUCCAUUUGCUAUCCCAUACCGAGGGUUCUGGGGGAGAAAAUCUCUUAGUCGAUGGGUUUGCAGCCGCAUCCCAACUACGCCUCGAGGAACCGAUGCAUUAUGGCGAAUUAUUGAAGCAUCGGCAGCCAUGGCACGCAAGCGGGAAUGAAGAUACCUGUAUCCAACCAUCUUCCAUGGCCCCAGUCUUUUCGCUCCAUCCAGACUUCCGGUCGCUGUAUCAAAUCCGCUGGAACAACUAUGACCGCGCACCAAAGGUCAAUUGGACGGCAGUGGAACAAUCCUCGUGGUACCGCGCUGCGCGCCACUAUAACGAGAUUUUGAAGAGCAAGGAAAUGUGGACGAAGCUUGAACCAGGCUCUGCGCUCAUUUUCGAUAACUGGAGAAUGUUGCAUGGUCGCUCUCAGUUUACUGGGAAGAGGCGAAUGUGUGGUGGCUACGUCAAUAACGAUGACUACAUUUCUCGACUUCGUCUGCUCAAGUUUGGCCGAGAAGAGGUGCUGAACAACCUGGGCAACGUCCGAGGUAGCCCCAGAAACCCCUAUUAUUAUAACUGA